AUGACAUUGACGGAUGCUAUUUUCAUAUCUCUGCCCGCUGAGGGAGAUCGUUCUAAGGCUUAUGUCGAUCUCACUGAUGGCAUUAAUGUGGGCUCGGAUGUGAUCAAAAUUACGGAAACUUUAGAUAAAUUAGUUAUCUUACAAGAACGUUACAAGGCACUCGAAGUCGCUACCGAAAGCGCCAUACGCAAAUUUGUCCAAUAUAUGGCCGAUAUGUUGGAGGAACAACGCAAGAGGUUGGAAGAAAAUCUUGUCGUUAAUGGAUCUCCUGCAAAGGAGUAUGUAACCAAUUUCGAUUGGGAUUCGGCUAAAUUUCCUCCGAAUGAGACACUACAGCUUUUACUGGAGAGGGCUAAUUCGAUUGUUGGCAGGAUUGAAAAUGAAUUUCGCAAUCGAACGUCAAUGUACAAUACCCUAUGCAACUCAGUACAAACCAUGGAAAGAAAGCAAAUUGGUAGUCUUCUCACUCGAAAUCUGGUCGAUAUCGUUAAUAAAGAUCAAUUUGUACUUGAUUCCGAAUAUCUUGUCACGUCUCUAGUUGUGGUCCCACGACAUGCUUACCAGGAGUGGGAGAAUACUUACGAAACCUUGGUAGAUAUGGUGGUCCCCAGAUCAUCUGAGCUGCUUUAUGAAGACCAAGAGUAUGGGCUUUGGACUGUUACCCUCUUCCAAAAGAUGCUUAGUGAUUUCGCUCAACGUGCAAGAGAAAAGAAAUUUAUUGUUCGAGAUUUCACUUACAAACAAGAGGUUGUAGAAGGUGAAAAGUCGGAAUUAGAUAUAGCUCGGGCUGAAAAAAGGAAAAUUUUUCCGGCCCUAUUUCGAUUUUUGAAAAUUAAUUUUGGCGAGUUGUUCAUCACUUUGAUGCAUGUUAAAGGCCUUAAACUCUUUGUCGAGUCUAUUAUGAGGUACGGUUUUCCUGUUGAUUUCUUGACUGCGGUUAUUGUUGUACCUCGUAAAAACGUUAAAAAGCUUCGCGACACCCUUAUGCUUAAAUACCAUCAUUUGGACUCACUUGCCGCAAGGAAAUCGAAAGACGAUGAUAUCUUGUUGGCUGGCGUGGCUAACGAUGAUGAAUACUAUCCUUAUGUCUCCAUUACUCUGGAGAUUGAUGUGGAGCCACACUGA